CUGUUCGAAACUCUACAUCUGCGAAUUGUGAUCUGUCAAAAGCGAGGGCCGACGAGGCAGAGAGAAGCGGCACCGUCAUACAUCCAAUAGAUUUUCGCCACGUGUACCGAAAGAGAGAGAGAACAAGAAAUUCUUUUCGAUACCACGCUCCUCCUCUUGUGGGAAGCCAUGGCAGCUCAUCCGCAAAUCCUUUGUUUUUCUCUCUUAUUAUUUGGGGCAGCACUUUUUGUUGUGGUCGCUGAAGAAAGUUUCGACGUUCGUCGCCAUUUGUCCACUGUUACUAGAUAUCAAACCGCCAAAGAUAUUUCUGCAAAUUCAAACAUUGUUUCGAGUGUUCCGAGUCAAUGUAGACCCAUUCACUUAAAUCUUGUGGCUAGGCAUGGGACUAGAGCGCCUACGAAGAAAAAGAUGAAAGAUCUGGAAGCCUUGGCCACGCGCCUGUUAAUACUUACAGGAAAUGUAAAAGAUCAGAAAUCAUCUGUUUUUCCUGGAUGGUUAAAGGGGUGGAGAUCUCCAUGGACAGGAAAGUAUAAGGGUGGAGAGUUGAUUAGUGAAGGAGAAACCGAACUGUAUGAGCUUGGACUUAGAGUCAGAGAGAAAUUUCCCGAACUGUUUAAAGAGGAUUACCACCCUGACAUAUAUCCAAUUAGAGCUACUCAGGUUGCUCGAGCUGCAGUUAGUGCAGUAGCAUUUGGCAUGGGGCUUUUUAGUGGUCGAGGCAAUCUUGGACCAGGACAUCAUCGUGCUUUUGCAGUUACCAGUGAAAGCCGAGCAAGCGAUAUAUACUUGAGAUUCCAUGAUCAUUGCCAAAACUAUAAGGCAUUCAGGAAAAGUCAGGAACCGAAAGUUCUAAAGCUCAAGGAACCUGUGCUAAAUGAAAUAUCUAAGGAAUUAGCCCAGCAAUGGAGCCUAAAUUUCUCAAGAGCGGAUGUAUCAUCCCUUUGGUUUCUUUGCAAACAGGAAGCUUCUUUACUAAACAAAACAGAUCAAGCUUGUUCUCUCUUCAGUCCAUCUCAGGUUGCUUUGUUGGAGUGGACAGAUGAUCUGGAGGUCUUCGUACUGAAAGGCUAUGGUAAUUCAUUAAAUUAUCGGAUGGGAGUUCCAUUACUUAAUGAUGUCAUUCUUUCAAUGGAACAAGCUAUUAAGGCUAAAGCAGAUGGACUUGUUCCUGGAACCUAUGAGAUGGCCAAAUUACGAUUCGCUCAUGCUGAAACUUUACUUCCAUUUUCGUGUUUGAUUGGGCUAUUUCUGGAUGGAUCCGAAUUUGAACAAAUAAGAAAGGAAGAACCCUUGCAACUACCUCCUAAACCUCCCCAAAAGAGAACAUGGUAUGGCAGCACAGUCGCCCCAUUCGCCGGAAAUAACAUGUUAGUUCUAUAUAGCUGCCCGGAAAACAAUACGAACAAUUACUAUGUGCAAGUACUGCACAACGAACAGCCUCUUCCAAUGGCGGGUUGCGGAAAUUCUGACUUUUGCCGGUUCGAGGUGUUCAAGGAUAAAAUAGCUGCCCCUCAUUUAAAGCAUGACUACAACGCGCUUUGCAGCCCGGAACUAAUAACACCAACGGGUAUAUUUUCGCAAAUUCUGCGAUGGUUUUUCCCAGUCGAUGCUAGUUCGUCGCCGAAAACGGAGUUAUAGGUCUGAUUCUUGGAUUCUAACAGUUUCUAAUUAGAUAUUAUCACCUUGUUAGAUUUUACACUUGCUUUUGAUCAGAAAAAAGAGCAGCUUUUGUAGUUAAAGCCCCUACUCUUAACAAUCCCAUUUGAAUUUGAUGAGUGGUUUUUUUCCAGUUCUAUACAAAAAGCCAAUUGAUCUCAUU